UGAACCAGUUUCUACAAUGAGUGAGUCAUACAUCAUAGCAAUAGACUUUGGCAGUGCGUACAGUGGAUAUGCCUUCAGUAUUACACCAAGAGGGGCAGAGCCUGAUCCCCAUUUAAGUCAGUGGGGAAAGGAACUUGGAUUGGAGAGUCCAAAGACUCCAACCUGCAUUCUGUUCAAUCAAGAUGAAGAAUUUCUCAAGUUUGGAUAUGAAGCUAAAACAGCAUAUGUCAAUAUGCCUGGACAAGAAGCUAGGACACACUUUUUCUUUGAAUAUUUCAAGAUGGCACUUUAUGGCACAAAACUAAACAACGAUGUCAGAAUUGAAGCUGCAAACAGGAAAUCAAUGAAGGCCUUGAAGGUGUUCACAGCAGCACUAAGAUAUAUGAAGGAACACUCACUUGAAACUAUUAAAAAUAACACAGAAGGGAGGAGGUUCAUAGCCUCUGACUUCAUCUGGGUGCUGACUGUACCUGCCAUCUGGGAUCCUUCAGCAAAGCAGUUCAUGAGAGAAGCUGCAAUUCAGGCAGGAAUUGUCACAGCAGGAACUGAACACAACCUUAUCAUCGCUCUGGAACCAGAGGCAGCCUCAGUCUGGUGUAAGAACCUGCCAGCUGAAGGCUUCAUCACAGAGAACCAUGGCAGAGGGGCCCUGGGUCAAUCUCCAGGAACCCAGUACAUUGUGGCUGACUGUGGAGGUGGAACCAUUGACAUCACUGUUCAUGAAGUCCUGGAUGGAGGAGCCCUGAAGGAGCUCCACAAGGCCUCAGGAAAUGAUUUGGGUGGACAAAGUGUGGACAGAAAAUUCAAAGAGUUCCUCAGAGAAAUCUUCUGUGAUGGUGUCUGGGAUGAAUAUGAAGGAAAGUGUCCCAGUGAACUUCAGAAAAUUAUGUAUGAUUUUAUGUAUUUCAAACAGGUAGAUAAUGAAGUUCAGUUCAGCUGCCCCUAUAACCUGGGAACAUUGGCUCAGAAAAGGCAGGAAAUAGAAAAGUUCUUUGAAUCAGUGCAAGGAGCUUCCUGGAAUGAGGGAUGGAUCAAAAUCUCCAAAGAGAAACUGAGGUCUUUCUUUGAUGAGAGUCUGGAGGGCAUCACUGACAGUCUCAGUGAAAUCUUGAGAAGAGAUCUAAGCAUUCAGUACAUCCUGUUAGUGGGGGGCUACGCUGGAAGCCUGAUUCUACGCAAUCAUGUUAUUGAUCAGUUUGGGGAUUGGUGUAAUGUUGUGUGUCCAUUUAGGCCACAGGAAGCAAUUGUGAAAGGAGCUGUUCAGUUUGGACGAAAUCCAGGGUUGGUGGCAUCUCGAAAAAGUCCUUUUACUUAUGGAGUGUCUGUGUCUAAGAUAUUUAUUGAGGCUAAGCACAGGCCAGACAAGAAAUAUAGAUCUGAUGUUGGUGACCUGUGUUGUGAUAUUUUCAUGAAGCUGGUGGAGGAAGGUGAAGAUGUAGGUUGGAAUGAAACCAGGGAGCACUUCUUAUAUGCUACAGAAGCAUUUUUGACAACUGCAAGCUUGACGUUUUAUUGCUCAAAAAAAAAAAACCCAUCUUAUGUAGAUGAGCCUGGUGUGUACAAAGUGGCAUCUUUUCAUGUUAAGAUGCCUGACACUACAAGAGGCGUAAACCGUAAAGUUAAAUUGGAAAUCAAAUUUGGCUCUACAGAGAUAACAGCCAUAGGCACUGACUUAAGUUCAGGAACAAAAGGAUCAGCAAAGAUUGACUUUAUGACCACAGCAUGA